UACCUUUUAUCUUCCUCAUUACAUGCACAUGCCGGGCUGCCUCCUGUUGUGAGCACACACAAAUCUAUAGAACAUCUUGGAACUGUGCUCUUAAAAGGCAGAGCCUGCCUGUCAUAUCGCUGGAAUCCACAUGCCCUGCCAGCAAAUAGCAUUCCUUUGUGUCGUCUUGUGUAAGCAGCAGUGCAGCGAGCAGGCAGUUAUUCAGGCAGCACUUUUAUAGCACAGCUGAGGCUACACUGCCCUCUGUGUUGUUAGCCAGGCAGACAGGGGAGGGAACAGUAGUUUCACAACAAGAGCAGGAGAGAUUCUCUUCUUGUUUCUACACAGAUGCCUCAUUGGAAGAAGAAAAGUAGAACCCUUCAGAAUGCAAGGAGAAAGCCAGCAAAGUUUGUGGGGUAAAAGUUUCCUCCUGGAGAACCCUAUGGGGGCCAUGGGUUAUUACAGAUUCAAUCAUUUUUGCAGUGUUUUAUUUCAGUACUUAAACUUUCAUAUGCUUCCAAGUCGUUCUGUCCUCUGGGUCUACUUGUCUAGUCAUCCUGGUUGGGGAGCUGCUGUGUGAGAGAUCUUAUUGUCUUCAAACUUCAGCACCAUGGACAGAAGACUCAACAUAACUCCGGAAACCCUAAGCCAACUGCUGAAGGAGCACAACAUGACCAGGCUCCAGUUCAUUGCUGCCUAUGGCCUCAAACCUUUAGUCUAUAUCCCUGAGCUGCCCCUCAGUGCCAAGGCCAUCUUCCUGGUCUUGUACAUCAUCAUUUUUAUCCUGGCUCUUUUUGGCAACAGUCUGGUGGUUUAUAUCAUUAUUAGAAAGAAGGCCAUGAGGACAGUCACCAACAUCUUCAUCUGCUCAAUGGCUUGCAGUGACUUGCUUGUAACUUUCUUCUGUAUCCCUUUCACUCUGCUGCAGAACAUCUCUUCGGAGUGGCUGGGAGGUCGGUUUGUUUGUAAAAUGGUCCCUUUCAUUCAGACCACUGCAGUGGUGGCCAGCACUCUAACUAUGACCUGCAUCGCAGUUGAGCGGUACCAAGGCAUCGUACAUCCGCUAAAAAUGAAGAGGCAAUACACCAACAUCAGGGCCUACAAGAUGCUAGGAUGCGUUUGGUCAGUGGCCAUUGUUGUAGGAUCUCCAAUGCUUCAUGUCCAGACAUUAGAGGUAAAGUACGACCUGCUGUACAAUUUGUACCACGUGUGCUGCCUGGAAUCAUGGAGUGACGUUGAGCUGCGCAGGGCUUAUGCCAUUUUCAUCCUGGUGGCCCUCUUCCUUGUCCCUCUUGCCGCCAUGCUGCUGCUCUAUACUCGCAUUGGCUAUGAGCUGUGGAUCAAAAAACGUGUUGGGGACUGUUCUGUACUAAACACAUUGAGUCGUAAUGAGAUGGCCAAAAUCACCAGGAAGAAGAAGCGAGCUGUGAUGAUGAUGGUCAUUGUUGUGCUCUUCUUCACAGCCUGCUGGGCACCGUUUCAUGUUGUUCACAUCCUUUUUGAAUACAAUAACCUAGAGGACGAGUAUGAUGAUGUGACGGUGAAAAUGAUUGUGGCCAUCGUACAGGCGGUUGGAUUUUUUAAUUCCUUCAACAAUCCUGUGGUCUACACUUUCAUGAAUGAAAACUUUAAGAAGAGUUUGGUGGCCAUCCUCUUCUGCCACUUCCGAGCCCAGGAACCAGUGGAGCCAGCAGACAAAAGGGACAGCCAGCAGUCAGAAAGACCCAAGGGAGGAACCACCAUGUUCUUUGCCCGGAGAGAUGGACGCAGUGGCCAAAGCCACCUUAGCGCAGAGAACUUAGAGCUCAGACUAUGUGAGCAAUUUCCAGCUGCCCGACUUGAGUCUGUUGCAUACCCUCUAGUGAAUGCACACAAAGACUUACUUCCAAACGGCCAGUCUGCAUAAAGGGCUUUCUGCUGGGUAAAUCUCUACUUAUGGCACAUGGAAUGCAAUAUACAGAAUGCAAAAAAACUGAAUAUUGUUACUGAGACAAAUCUAAAUGAACAGAAAUGAAAAGGAGCCAUAAACCAAUUUAAUCAGAAGCUAAGCCGCUAAAGCUGAACUGAUUUGUAGAUGAAUAUUAAUGCUGGGAAACCAGCUCUUAGAU